AUGAACAAGUACACGGAAGUGACGUUUGAGCUGUUUGAAGAUGCUAUUCGGGCGCUAUAUGGGCAGGAUGGACCGGAGCAGCAGCGGCUCGCGAACGAGUACCUGGUGCAUGUUUGGAACCAAUGCAAGCAAUCGUGGGAGUAUGGAUUGCGUGUGUUGGUGCGCCCUGUGGUCCCCGGACAAGGAGAUCCCACGCAGACACAGUACUUUUGCGCCAACAUGUUGUACGGCAAGAUCCGACAAGAAUGGUUUGGUCUCACCACGGGCGAGCAAGAAGCCAUUCAGUUGCAGGUGGAGCUGCUCAUACAACGCAUUCGCAGUGGAUCCCUCAGCUUUGCACCAAUCGUCCUCAAGCGCAUUUGCAUGGCGAUGACCGCGCUGUCCCUUGCCACCGACGGCGGAUGCGCGCGCUGUGUCACCGACUGCACACAGCACGUGUCAUCGCUCGUGGACGUCCACGUGUCGCUUGAGCUGCUCACGAGUUUGGUGGACGAUACAGACGAUGCGUACCUCCCGCCCAGCCGCAAGGACGCGCUCGUGCUCGAGAUCACCGACGCCAGCGCCGUCGUGUUCCCAUUCGUCGCCCGCCUCUUCGACACGCAGCAGCUCUCCUCGGACGUCCUUCGCUUGAACGGCCUCACGUGUCUGCGCGUGUGGAUCAAAGCCGCCGGCUUCUCCCUCGCCAAACUGUACUCCAACAUGCCUGCCGUAUUCCAAGCCCUGCUGCAAGCCCUGCACCAUCCCCAAACUGCCCCGGGACCCGUCAAGGAAGUCGUGGUGUGCGCUCUCAUCUUGAGCGACGCCCUGGAAAUCAACGAGUACCCUCCCGCGACGUCGAAGGACGCGGCGACGGCGGCGCUCCUCUCGACUCUGCUCACAUGCCAGCCCACGAUCCAGUACUACCUGCUCCACGAUGCCCAGGUGGCGCACGCCAUCACGACGCUAAUCAGUACGUUGGGGGAAGCCGAACUCGACUGGCUGGUCCUUGGUAGCCCCGACGCGCUUGCAUUUUCAGAUCUGGUGUUGACCCUAACAAGCCAACCCCGUCGUCAAAUCGCAUGUCUGACAUUCGACGUAUGGCUCGGCAUCCAAGACUACCCCGUCGCAUCCCGCCACGUGGCAUUCCAAGACGCCGCCUUUCGUCGUCUGCUGCACACUCUGGUGCGUCAGUCUUGUGCCAGUGACGACGACGACGAACCAGACGACGAUGUGACGGCCUUCCGACUCGCCGCCACAGACCUCUUGGUGGCCAUCCAUCACCUCCUCAAAGCCUCGUUUGUGGCCGACAUGGUGCACUUGAUCACGUCAUCCAAAGUAGCCACGGAAGCCGCCAUGUUUGCACUCACGGCGGUCUCAUCCGAGCUCAAACUGCGCCUCGCAGACGACCUCCCGACGCAGCAGAUGGUGCUGCACCUGUGCACGUCCAUCCUCUUUGCCGACGUCACGCCGUCUGUUGUUGUGGUGGCGUCGGCGUUUCUAGGUAAUUUGGGUCCGUUGAUUCAUGCGCAGUGGACGACCCACGGCGCCGCCGACACGUCGCUCUUGGACGCGACGUUCCAGUACUUGUGCUUUGGCAUGACCGUGUCCGUCGCCAGCUCCGCCGCGUGCAGAGCCUUCAACAUCCUCUGCGCCUCUUGCACGUCGAUACUCAGCCAACGACACGAGAUUGUAUCCACGGCACUUGGGUCACUCCAUGCAAGUUUGGGCCAUCUGGACAAGCAAGAUCGGCAAUGGGUGGUCGAAGGCGUGGUGCGCGUGGCGGCGGUGUCUGCGUGGGGUCGUCUGGCUCUGGAGCAGCUCCUCCACUCGAUCUUUAUCCGCCUCGCGGUGCCUUCGUCCCCCACCCCAUCGCAUGUGCCCAUGGAACUCCACGCCCUCGGCACCGUUCUUCGCUUCCUGGACGCGCCAUCUGCUGCGGCCGGUGGACCCGCUCUUACCCAGCACGUGGUCGACUUGAGCUGGCCGCACAUCACUCGCGUCGCGUCGGCUGCUCCGUCGUUGCCAUUGGACGUGGUCGAUGCUCUCUGCGAUGUAUUUUCUGCGACGCUGCACGCGAUGAAGCACACGCCAGCGUUUGUUUCGUCCGUGGAGUGUUGGUCCUUGUUAUCGUGGAUCGAAGGCCACUCUGUGACAUCGUCGGCGGCGAUCCCGUGCGCCAUCGUCGCAGUCGAGUUAUACAGCUCUCAUCUUGCACCAUCAUCACCUAUCAUGCACGUCAUCGUGGCCAUUGGACACGACGUGAUGACCCACUGCCAAUCGGUGCCGUCGCCCCGCCAUAUCCCCGACCUCAUCCGCGCCUACUUUGAGCUCGUCCAGCGCGCAUUGGUGUUUUGCCCAUCGAGCAUCGUGUCAGACGCCGAGUUUCCGCCCAUAUUGCACCUCGCCAUCGCAUGUCUGAUGGAUCUCAACCAGCGCGAGGCCCUUCGAGCGGUCGUUGUGUUUGUGAAUCACGUGGUGGCCAAGCGCGAGGCGCCGCCCCUCGUCCAGUUCCAAUCCAUCGUGGACACUGUCCUCACUGCGCAACUUACGCCGCUGUGGGUCGCCAUCAUGACACUGCUCACGUCCACGGGCCCCACUACGGUGCUGCCCACCGUGUCCCAUCUGGCAUUUGGUCUGCUCACGGCAUUCGGAAAUGAUAUGCACAUGGCGGCGGUGGCCGACGCAAUGUUAAGCCAGCAUCACUUGUUUGAGUCCACGCCCUUGUCAUUGAGUGAUCGUCGACAAGUGCUCUCGGCGUGGCUCCAGUACACGACCAACUACGAAGAGCGCAAGUUUACCGCGUUUGUCAAAGAUUUCGCCAAAGUAUGUCGAAAGGAACUGCCCGUGGAGCAUUUGGUCGACCAUUUCGUGGCGUUGCAAGACAAGUAGUAGUAUUCCAGAGUGUCCUGCACCUAGUACGAUCCUCCCAUGAUGCUUUAAAUACCGGUAGUCCCAUAUAUACUACUACUAGGCUUGGGUAGUAAUUACCAUUUUCUUGUACGUAUACGAAACGUCAUAUAACGUAUACAUACCAACUACUCGA